CAGCAGCAACAACAGCAACAGCAGACACAGCGGAACAUGCAGCCGUUUCCGACGCAGCAAAUGCUUCAAAACUCGACCCUAUUUCAGGGGCAGUCACCGCCAAAUUAUGCAUCGCCGUUAGGAAUGAAUAACUCCAACAGCAACACGGGCAGUGGCAGUAACGGAUCCUCAUUGUCGUUCCCGCUUUUGGAUAUACAGGACCCCUCAGCGUUUGCCAAUCUUUCGCAGGAACAGCAACAGCAACUCUUUGUUGCCUUCAGCCAGAGUCUGAAUAGCAAUAGCAACGUAUACUAUCCGACAGGUCCUUCCUUUCAGCAGAGGCCAGGAUCAGGAAGCAUCGCUGGUGGUCAAGGCAAUGUCCAAGGUCAAGAGCAGCCGAUGACGGACUUUGGCGACAUGAUGAUCAAUAAUCAGCAGCAGAUGCUGUUCUCCUCUGCUGCGUCUUCCUCUGCUCUGAGUCAGGGGGGCGGGAGUGGAGUUGCUCCGACAUCGUCCUCAACAAGAUCGUCCACAUUAACCAGCAGCGGACUACUCGAUGAUGUUUUUUUGAAUCCCAACACGGAUACGACCAUUAACGCCAGGAGUAUGUCCAGCCAUCCUCGCAUGGGCCAACAAGUCUUUAACCGUAUGCCCUCACCUACCUCAACAGUCCAGCCCCAGACACAGCAGCAGCGGCAGCAGGGCUAUAAUCACAAUAAUUUUGCGAAUGGCGCAAACAACCUGAGCAGCACCAAUAGCUAUGCAUAUAGUAAUAGUAGUGCUAGUGGUAGACUAGGAUCGCCCGAAUCGGUUGCUUCACCUGGCGGAUCGAUUUCUGAAGAGUCGAUCCUUCAAUCUUGGUCGAUCUCGACUCUUCACGACAACAUCUACCUGAAUCCGAACCUGGCUCGCGAUGAUCCCAGGAACGAUCUCGGCACAUUCAUGUAUCUGCCGAGUGAAUUUGAGUAUGGCGAUGCACCGGCGCUUUCACCUGCAGCAUCGUCGGUCAACGGCGGCAAUGGUAGUAUAGGCGCUGGAGGUGGAUCUGAAGGAGGAGCCUCUCCGCGCAACAUGCCCUAAAGAGCACGCCAUUAAUGUAUAUGAUCUUUUCUUUUUCUUCCCCAUUCGCGUUUGUCUAAAGUGCAACAAUUGGGUUCGGCGGAAAUGUACUCCAAUAGGGUCACUUCCCUUUUUUUUUUUAUUCGAUAGACAUUAUUAGUGGCGUAAAACGCGUUAACUUGAGUAACCUUAUCCAGACGCGAAAUAAAAAUACCAC